UUUUUAGCUCAUAUAAAUGGAAUCAGAGACAGUAGAAUAUUGUCCAGCUUUGACGGACAUCCAUUCUUUAUAGCUGUGUCUGAUGGAUUAAGUAAGGAAAGAAAAAAUGAAAGCUGUUUCAUUUCACUAGAACGCAAAUCAUGUCUUGUGCUGAGGAGGUGCUUUUUGUUAAUUCAGUCCUGCACAGAUCUUUGUUAAGAUGACACACAUUCCGCUCCACAUGGAUUAAAAGAGACUGAACAGAAACCAAGCCAAUUCAGCAAUGCACUUUAUUUGCUAAGUCAUCAUGGCUAACAAGCAGCAGAGAAAUAGGCCGUGAGAAGCCAUCAAUAUCAGGUUGCAGGGUUGGUGUGUUUCUGCCUUAGUUCAAAAGCUUAAUCAUCUGGGGGCUACUACAACCAUACUGUAUGUUAAACAUCUUGCCAGGACCUGAAGUCCGCAACCAUGAGUGGAAGCGUCAACCUAAAGAUUGCUCCAAGGACACAGCAGGGCUCAGGAAUUCCUCUGCCUCGGAGCUUAAUUACCUCAUCCAAGCCGGUGGACAAAAACCAAGGGACUGGAGGGACAAGGCAAAUGAAACAGUUGCCAGUGAGUGCCAAGGGUACAACAUCCUCCAAAGAAUUGCUAAGAGGAAGUACUCUCAGAUCCUGGGAAAGGAAUCAGCUUCUGUUCCAGAACACUGGCAUGUCCAGAGCUUGUAGCUCAUCUAAGGCUUCCUAUGCUUUUGAAAGAGACAAUGGGACGAGAUCUGCAUUCAGCAGCCCUCGGAUCUCAAGAAAGGAGGCCCCCAGGUCAAAAGACACAUUGGACGUCAACAAGAGCUCCCUAGCUUUUGAUGCUUUCAGGGAUCAGAAGCAGAACAGAAACAAAGUCACACAACAGGGCAAUUCAGGAUUUAGUCAAAAUGCCAAUGAGGAUUUGCGAGAGAACAAAAGCUGCACCAGGGAAGACAGUGCUCUUUCCCCAUGCACAGCCAAAGAGAGGGUGCCUGCCACAUUCAGCAAUGACAAUUCGCUGCCCAAUUUAGCUCCUACUAGAACAAACAGCAUUAGGACAGAUAAAGGCCAUCUAGAUUUCAGCGUCCCUGGUGGGUUGGGGAGUUUCUCUGAUGAAGAAAUGGGCACUCCAGAAGACUCUUCUCCGACUAAACAAGAGCAACCUGUAUCCCCUUCAGUGAGUGUUCAGGGAGACAGUGCUAUAAUGUUACCCAAAGGGAACCAGCCAUCACAAGUCAAUAUGGCUGCAGUGGCACCUUUCAGGUACAGGCUCCAGAUUGAGGACAAUGAUGUUUCUUCACUAGAGGACUUUAGUGACUGUUCCUCAGACUCCAUGGAGCUGUCCUGCCAGAGCAUAGACCCAGAGUCCCAGAGGAAACGCACUGUACAGAAUGUUCUGGAUCUGAGACAAAACCUGGAAGAUACCAUGUCCAGUUUGCGGGGAUCACAGCUAAGUCACAGCUGCCUGGAGAACAGCGUCUGCUAUGACAGCGAUGAGACCAACCCCCGCAGUGUGUCCAGUAUGUCUAACCGGUCAUCACCACUGUCAUGGCGCUAUGGUCAGUCCAGUCCGCGACUGCAAGCUGGGGAUGCCCCCUCCUCAGCUGGGGGCUACCACAGUCAGAGCACACAGUAUGCCUCACAUACCAUGCCCAUGAGGAGCCCCAGUCGGCUGAGUCACAUCUCCCGCAUUGAGCUAAUCGAAAGCCUAGACCCUGAUGACUCAGACCUGAAAUCUGGAUACAUGAGUGACAGUGACAUCUUGAGCAAAAGUCUUCAUGAUGAUGAUGACGAUGACCUCGCCAAUGGCUGGGAUGAGAGCAGCUCUAUAAGCAGUGGUCUCAGCGAUGCAUCAGAUAACCUCAGCUCUGAAGAGUUCAAUGCCAGCUCCUCUCUCAAUUCCCUACCAACCACUCCCAUUGGUUCACGAAGAAACUCUGCCAUUGUGCUGCGUACAGAUGCUGAGAAGAGAUCCCUGGUGGAAAGUGGGCUGUCGUGGUAUAGCGAGGAUGGUAAACCACACCGGAAGAUGGACAUUAGUAGUGGGUACGAUACUGGCAGCCUCAAGACGGAAUCAUCCAGCAAGUGGAGGAAGGUGCGGCCAGAGACAAGCAGUGAGGAGAUGGCCAAAGGGGAGCUGAAGAAGCCUCAGAGCUUGGGGCAGCCAAAUGUCCUUAGGAAGGGCAAGAACCCUCCUGUGGGUGUCACCUCCCCUAUCACACACACCUCACAGAGCAUGCUCAAAGUGGCUGCACCUAAGAGUGACCAGAAGGCAGUGGACAAGGCCAAGAUGGCGGUGAAAGCUUCUGGCUUGCAAAGAUCUUGCUCAGAUGCAGGGAAAGAUCGUGGUGAAUCCCGAAAACCACCUUCAGGACUUGCCCGUCCCUCUGCAGGGACCUCAUUUGGCUACAAAAAACCUCCUCUGGCCACAGGCACAGCUACUGUGAUGACGGCUGGUGGAACUACCAUCUCCAGUGGCUCAGCUACUGUUGGGAAGACGCCCAAGACCUCUGGUAUCCCAGUGAAGCCAAUGAGUGGUGGUGGUGGUGGAGGAGGAGGGAGUGGGGGACGCAAGACUAGCCUCGAUGUGUCAAACUGCACUGAAGGGUUUCUGUCUCCUAAUGCCCGCACUAACAUCCAGUAUCGCAGCUUGCCUCGGCCUGCCAAGUCCAGUGCCAUGAGCCUUACUGGCAGAGCUAGUUCACGCCCUGUCAGUAGCAGCAUUGACGCCAGUUUGUUGAGCUUAAAGCCAAGUGGGGGCUCCUCUAGGCUGAAGGAGCCAGGCAUCACCAAAUCAAGUGGACGUGCCAGCAUGGGGCCCGUCAACCAAACAGACAGGGAGAAAGAGAAGGCGAAGGCUAAGGCAGUGGCUUCAGACUCAGAAUGUGGACCCAUGAAAUCGGGCCCCCCUGCCCCUCAGACUCCCCAGGAGCCCAGCUCCAAGCUUCAGGGCCUCCGUCAAUCCAGUGGAAGCAAGUUCUCUGAGCUUUCUUCUCCUACCACACACAGGGUGCUGAGCUCCAAGUCUCUUGGUAAGCCACCCUGCCUGGCUCAUUUGGAUAAGGUGAACUCCAACAGUCUGGAUUCAGGGAUGAGUGCCCAGGACCACCCUCCAACUGUGACCACUUUCUCCAAGAUGCAGGAGAAACAGGGAUCCGGGAGUGCCUGUCUUACUCCCAGCCCUGCUCCAGUCCUCAACAUCAACUCUACUAGCUGUUUCUCUGACCAGGCCUUGAGCCUGAGUUCCUCGCCCCUGCUCUACCCCAAACUCUCAGGCCUACAUCGUAGCAUGGAGUCCUUGCCCCUGCACAUGAGUGUUCCCUCUGGCACGAGCUUCAGUGAAACAGAUUCCCGAGACAAGGAAGAGGACCGCAGUGCCACGGGCUGGAGUGGGAGCACAAGGGCCUCUCUCACAGAAAGCUCUCAACGGGAUAGGAACACUCUGCCCAAGAAGGGCUUAAGUAGCCGGUACAACUCGUGCCAACCCGAGGAAGAUAGCAAAGAGCGUCGGCACUCACACACCAUUGUGAGUCUGACCGAGUCCGAGUGCGCUCUGCAGCUGCCAUCACCAUCCUCUGUAUCCCUGUCCUCUACUGGCAAAGCUCCCUUCACCAACGUUGUGAGCCCCAGUCCUACAAGUGCACCUCGAAUGACCCGGUCCAACAGCAUCCCAACGCAUGACGCUGCCUUCGAGCUGUAUGGAGGCUCACAGAUGGGCAGCACCCUCUCCCUGGCAGACAGACCCAAGGGCAUGAUCCGCUCUGGCUCCUUCCGGGACCCUGUGGAUGACGUGCAUGGUUCAGUUCUGUCUCUGGCAUCCAGCGCUUCAUCAAACUAUUCUUCGGCUGAAGAAAGGAUGCAGGGGGAGCAAAUCCGUAAGCUGCGAAGGGAGCUGGAGUCCUCUCAAGAGAAAGUGGCCAAUUUGACUACUCAGUUAUCAGCCAAUGCUAAUCUGGUUGCUGCAUUUGAGCAGAGCCUGGCGUUUAUGACAUCACGGCUGCAAAGCUUGUCUGUCAGUGCAGAACAGAAGGACACUGAACUCGUGGACUUGCGUGAGACAAUUGAGAUGUUAAAGACCAAAAACUCGGAGGCGCAAGCAGUAAUCCAUGGAGCCUUGAACAACCCAGACAUCACACCAAAAGAGCUGCGAAUAAAACGUCAAAACUCAUCUGAAAGCAUCUCCAGCCUCAACAGCAUCACCAGCCACUCCAGCAUUGGUAGCUGCAAGGACGCGGAUGCCAAGAAGAAGAAGAAGAAAAGCUGGCUGAGGACCUCCUUCAACAAGGCCUUCAGCAUCAAGAAGGGACCCAAAUCGGCCACAUCAUAUUCAGACAUAGAGGAAAUUGCCACACCAGACUCUUCUGCCCCAUCUUCCCCAAAACUGGUCCAUGAAGGGGCAGAGAAUACAGCCUUGUCCCUCACAUCAUCCACAUCCACUUCCUCCUCAGUAAUUUUUGAGGGGAAUGAGGAACCAGAGAAUGAGGAGAAGGUGGUAUCAGAGCUGCGCUCGGAAUUAUGGGAGAAGGAAAUGAAACUGACAGAUAUCCGACUGGAGGCCCUUAGCUCUGCCCACCAGCUGGAGCAGCUCCGGGAAGCAAUGAACAAUAUGCAGAUGACAGUGGAGAAUCUGAAGGCAGAGAAUGAUCAGCUAAAGACAGGGACAACUGCUCCCAGUUCUGCCCCUCCCUCAUCCAUCUCCCAACCACAGAGUUUGACCACACUGCUUACCUCAUCAUCACCACGGCAAUCUAUGGCCAUGUCCCUCACCCAGUCCUUCAGCCUGAGCCUAAGCGAGUGCAAUGAACCAGAUUUGUCUCCAAUGGACGCGAUGAGUACUUCCUCCCAGAAGGAUGAGCAUCGUCUUCGUGUGGUGGUCUGUGUGCCAGAUCUGCAGAUUUUCAAAGAUGAUGUUAAACAGCAGGAUUUCUUCAUUGGCUCAGUGAAAAUCAAUGCAAAGACAGACUGGACCAUGCUUGACAAAGCGGUCAUUCAGGCCUUCAAGGACUACAUUAUAGUUGUGGACCCUGCCUCCAGUCUAGGAUUAUCUGUUGACUCCAUCUAUAGCUACAGCAUCAACAAUGGCAAAAGGAUCCUGGGUACAGAGACACCUGAAGUAUUGCCAUCCAGAUGUAUGAGCAAAGGAGUCAACAACAUCUCUGUGACAUUGAAAGGUUUGAAGGAGAAGUGUGUGGACAGUCUGGUGUUUGAGACUCUGAUUCCCAAGCCCAUGAUGCAACACUACAUCAGCCUACUGCUAAAACAUCGACGACUGAUACUCUCGGGGCCCAGCGGUACAGGCAAGACCUACCUCACUUCACGUCUAGCGGAGUACUUGGUGGAUCGCUCUGGGCGGGAAGUCACAGGAGGCAUCACGGUCACAUAUAACAUGCACCAGCAGUCCUGCAAGGACCUGCAGCUGUAUCUUUCCAAUCUGGCAAAUCAAAUUGAUCGGGAGACUAGCAGUGGAGAUGUCCCAUUGGUUAUUAUCCUGGAUGACCUUAGUGAUGCAUGUUCUAUCAGUGAGCUUGUUAAUGGUGCCCUGACCUGCAAAUAUCACAAAUGCCCCUAUAUUAUUGGUACAACUAAUCAGCCAGUCAAGAUGACUCCAAAUCACGGUUUGCAUCUGAGCUUUAGAAUGGUGACUUUUUCUAACAACGUGGAGCCAGCUAAUGGCUUUUUAGUGCGUUACCUGCACAGGAAGCUGAUGGAGUCGGAGAAUGAGAGCAGCAUUUGCAGUGAGGAGCUCAUGCGGGUGCUGGACUGGGUGCCCAAGCUCUGGUACCACCUGCACACCUUCUUGGAGAAGCACAGCACCUCUGACUUUCUCAUUGGGCCCUGUUUCUUCCUGUCCUGCCCAGUCACAGUGGAAGAGUUCCGUUCAUGGUUCAUCGACCUUUGGAACCAUUCCAUCAUACCCUACCUGCAAGAAGGUGCCAAGGAUGGUAUCAAGGUGCAUGGCCAUAAGGCUGUUUGGGAGGACCCAGUGGAGUGGGUGAGGGGUACUCUGCCCUGGCCCUCUGCUCAACAGGACCAGGCUAAGCUUUUCCACCUACCCCCCCCCAGCGUGGGACCAGUUAGCACAGGGCAGGUUGCCGAAGAGCGGGUAUCCAAGGAGACAACCCCCAGUUCCCUCGAAUCAGACCCACUAAUGGCCAUGCUGUUAAAACUUCAGGAGGCAGCCAAUUACAUUGAAUCUCCUGAUCGUGAGACAGCAGUCGAGCCCAAUCUCCAAUCUACUCUUUGAAAACUACAAGGAGACUAAAGACUGAAUACCUUUGGAUGGCUAGUGCUGUUAAGAAGCUUUCUGCCAUGUUUUUGAUUCAUCGAUGGGCCUGCAGGCUUUUAGAGUGUCUUUGUCUUGGUUGUGCUGAGUUACAGAAGGAACCUGCAGACACAGCAUGUUCUAUAUCUAGUAGAACUAAAAACUAAUACUAUUAAAAAGAAUUCAGUUGGAUUUCACCUUUAAUGUUAAGAGAAAAUAACUGUUCGUACCGUACUUUUUUGUUUAAACUACAACUGCAUGGCAAUCAUUGCAACAGGUUAAAAACAGAAAUUACAGUUUUAGAUUUAUUUAGUUUUUCUCAAAGAAAAAUAAUCUUAACCUGUUAUUAGAGGUUAUAUUUACUUUUACUCUAAAAAAACUCUCAUUGGGAGGCAUUACUGUUCCACUGCUGCCCCUUCACAUCACUCAAGGAAACAGGUGCUCACUGGGAACAUAACAUUAUUUUCACACCUCUCUGGUCCUCACAGCUUGUGGGCAGAAAUUGAAGCUCACAGAAAAGAAACAGAAAUCGUAUCUUUGAAUGCUUGGCAUUAUUUUGAUAUGUCUAGAGCAUGUCAAAGUUGAACAGCUGGUUUAUUGUCAUGGAAUUAUCCAUGCACAUGGAAAAGAUUUUAGUCUGUGCUUUGAAAUUCUCUGAUCCACGAACAACAGGUUUGUGCAGUAAUUUUUUCAAAUUACAGUGUCUUUUUACCCAGCCUCACAUUUAUUUUCUGGAAAAAACUUAAAUUAAAAUUUAACAAUCAAAACUGAAACAGUAACAUAGUGUAUUUUAAAAUGUCAUCUGGUGUUCUCGAUGAAUAUUCAAUAUGCAAGUAGGUAAUUACAUUCCUUUCCCUUAUAAUAAAUAGUAAUCGCAUUUCCCUUAUCUCUGUAGCUUGAAGAGCAUUUUCCCGUGUUUCCAUUCUGAACCUGGAAAACACACAGAAAUGGAGUGUCUUACAGGUGUAUAGUUCUACAUUUUGAUUUCAUUACUCCUAACCAAUAUAAAUUAUUGUGAGAACAGUUUAACUUUAACUAUAGUUUAACUGUGUUGAUUCACAGAAAAGCAGCAUCAAAAUCAAUACUUUUGUUGACAUAUUUGAAAGUGAACAAAGUUUCCAUUAAAGUAAAUCAAUUCAAUGGUCAAUUUAAUGUUCUUUGCUCAUUCUUCACCAGCAUUCUUCAGCUACCAUAUAUGUUGGUCCCUAUUACAAGCAGAUGGUUUUGGCAGGAUGGACAAAACAAUUUUUUCUUUAAAUCUUGAUCUCAUUCAGCUGCCAACAUCUUGUAUUUGAUGCUUUGUUAGAAGAAAAAACAACCUAUGUUCUUGGAUCAUGGAAUUCAGGUUUCAGUAAGGCAAGCUAUGACGACUAAGCCUCAGACACAUAUGCAAUUUUCAAUUAAAAUAGAUGUUAAAAAUGGUGCUUAAAAGAACGCCUUAAUAUAUGAACCUCCUUUAGUUAUUACUAAGUCAUCAAAAAAUAAUAUGUUUCUUUUGUUAGUAUCUAAACAAAAUAUAUACCUGUACAUACCAUCAAAAAGUAUAGUGUAGCAUGCAGGGAGUCCACAUUACCUUCUGUAGAAUUCAGGAUAGAUCAAUUGGUGCUCUUCUCCAGUGUGCUAUCUUAUUAAAGAGACUACAGAUUAUAAAUUCGGUCAGGAGUUUGAGUAUCAUGUCAGCAAUGAAAGCAGUACUGCAUAAUCUGAGCCAGAGAAAAUGUUGCAACAAGCUUGCAACUAGAGUUGCCCAGAUUUGGAAAUAGUAGCACCUGAAAUUAUUAUUUUUUUAAUAAGCAGGGAAUUUGAGAGAAACAUUUGAGAGGAAACCUGUCUUGUGUUUGCACAUAUACCUAAUUUAUAAUCUUUUGUUCAAAAAAAAAAUAAAUCUGCUUUUAAUAGAUCCUGAUGUUCAAAUUUUUUUUUAACUCUAGGAUCAAUGAUAAUACAAUAAAGUUAACCUUCAAGAUGUUUUGGACUGAGGUUGUUGAAACAACCUACGAUAAAAGAUUGCACAUGUUGCCCAACCUAAAUGGCCUGAUCUACGUUUAUGUAUUUAAUCUUAUGUCUUGGUUAAAUUUGUCUAUUGCUUUAAUCCUUGAUGCACUUUGUUUAUUUUACUUUUGAGGUAAAUGUGUAUCAGUAAGUAUUGUUUUAGAAUAGAAAGUACAAUUAUUGUCAGAUCCCUUAUCCAUGUUGGAGGCUGGAUUUUAAAGUGCAGUUCAAAUGUGAAACUACAGGAGAUUGUGGGCUCCCAUAACUAUAUUUCUUAACUUAUACAUAGGUUAUCCUGAAGUGCUUAUUCUUACAGUAAUGCAGUUUAUGGAUUCACUUGAAUGAUGGAAAUGGCCAUGAACAAAGCUGCCUUUUAAGAGCUUUUUCGAUAGAAUGCUUUAGGCUCCAUUCACUUUUGGUUAGGAUUAGCUGUUGAGAAAAUGCUGUUUUUUUCUGUUUUUUUUGUGUUGUAGAUGGUCAUUUUUAUUUCCUGCUUUUAAUUUCAAAGUCAUAUCUGUGAUGAGAGAAUGUUAUUUCUUAAUGAAUAUUAUGCAGAUGUAAGUUGUAGCAGCAAAGAUUUUUUCCUUCUACAGGAUGAACAUCUUUUUUAGCAUUGUGGAAGAUACAGUUCUAAAGCAGAGACAUAUCUUCAGUUAAUCUGAAAGAUAAUGGUCAAAAUGGUCUGCCAGUUUGACUCCCGCUGCAAAUACUUUUUGCAGUUUUAUCAUUUUAAAGAUGAAAUAGGAUAUAGGACUGUAUUGUUCUAAUUGUCAUUGACACUGGUUUUUGUACGUGUAAUGUUUUUGUCUGGCUUUUAAUUUGACAAACAGAUUUCUGAGUCACAUUUUUCUAUUGAUUUUUUUUCAAAAUUAAUUCAAAAUGUUAAGGUACUUUAACUUCAAAGAAAUAGAAAAUAGAUUUGGUAGUUAUCUGAGAUUUGUAACAAUUAUAGUCUGAAUAUAGGCAUUGGAAAAAGAUAUUGCAGCAAUGGCCACUGACCAUCCAAGUGAACUUCUAUACUUUACAUUACUUCUACAUAAACACCAUUUGGCAUUGAUGGUUAGUACUUUAGUAAUACGGUGCGAAUAUAUUUGUAUACUUAACCAAAUACUUGAAUUGUUUUCUAGAAUAGUGACUGUAAUGUUCACAGAUGGAGUAGCUGAGAAUUACAAGGAAUGUAAGCUUAGUACCUGUUAUAGUUCUGUGCUCUUAUAUUCGAUGCAUAGAUGUGUCAGCCAUAGAACAACGUAAUUAUAUUGGUGCUAUUAUAACUGUCCCUUAGUUAUGCUUUUAAUUGCUUCUGAAAAGCUACAACCUUAGCUUUUGGAUGGCAGUUUAUUUUUCAUGAUUGCCAGCAUUUCUAUGUUUAUAGCAUCAGGUUUAAAGUGGUGUUAUAGAUCACAUUGUUUGGGAAUAAUAUUGGCAGAGUCAUUUUAUUUGUUGGUUGGUAUGCAGUGAUAGAAUGAGUGAUUUAUACAAAAACCUCAAUAGAUGUGGUGCUUUGGCAUAUCCUAUCAAAGUAUCAACCUGGUCAAUGUCUUUCAGAGUUAUAUUUUAAAAGAAUUAUGCCAGUACAUUUUAAGGAAAAACGUAAGGAUCAAAUUAAAUGGUAAAAUCUGAAUGUCUUUUUCUGUUAGAGCAAAAUUGACUGCAACACUGUGUGUUUGAGUCUCCUUGAAUUUGGUUUACCAUCGAAUUACAUUAGCCAAGAGACAAAAGGCAGAGAAGUACCUGAAAAUAAAACUUUAAAAAAUGGAAUGAAAAAAAAGGACUGCCCAUAAUUUCUGGAAUAUCAACAUAUACAAUAUCUAAGGAUAUUAUCAUUUGUGAUUGCAUGAGUGAAUACUAAAAACAAACACCUCAAAAAAAAGUUGACUAAGUGCCUUUGGAAAUUUGGUGGUACAAUGAAUGCAGACUUCAUAAACAGGAACUCUGCACUGGAGAUGCCCUUGAGUUUUUUCAUCGUUAAAUACAAACAUUGUGGUCUGAAUGCAUGAUGCAAAUUAUGGCUAUUUCUACAUCUGCAUUAGUACAUUAGUAGCAGGGAUGGUCCUUAAACAUUCUUAGCCAAGUAGUGGUAUGAAUGAGAAGUAGCAACACCUGAUUUGUUCUUGUCCAAUUAAACACAAAAAUGAAAUCCACUCCAACAGCACUGGCUACCGGAGUGUCAAGGAUUACUCCCCCACCCAAUACUACACUAACUCCCCCUAACUCCCCCUACUACACUCCCCCACUAACAAUACUAUUACCCUCUAUGAAAUCCAGCAAAUCAAGGAGAAUAAACAUCUCUCUAUCCACCAGAACCUCACAAUGUUCCCUGCCAUUGUUUGAAGUUGCACAAGACCUUCUGGAAACAUUUUAACUCUGUGAAGCUUGUCUAGACAAAUGGAACUCAGAAUGUUGCAAACGUUGUGAAAGAUCCAACUAAUUAGGUCCCUCGCUUGAUGUUCCAUAUAGGUCAUGGGUAUAUCUGAACCUCAUCUUUACAAAUCAUUGCAGAUGGCAGAUAUGGAUUCAUGAACCAUGAAUGGAAAAGAAAAACUUGAGUGACUAUGGUCACCAGAAAUAGACUAUAGAAUACAUCUUUCAGUGUACAAUCUGCAAACAUUAAGGAACUUUUAUAGUGAUGCACUUUGUCUCUCCUGAUCUAGCUAAUUAUGUGGCUUAUACACCCAAAUCUAAAUUUGUAGUUGCUGCUCUACAGCUACACAUUAUAACCAUAUGAAACAAGAAGAACUGGUUCCAGUGCUGUUGUACUGGUUCCCUGUUGUCGAGCUACUCCGCCUGAGCACUUCUUCUAAGCGUUAGGGAAAAUAAAGUGAAUUGGAGAAUUACCCAAUGAUCCUUACUUUUUGUCAAGGCAACAGCUGUUGAACCUAGGCUCCAGUUAACUAAUGGUAUAAGCUUUAGUGUUUCAGAAUGUGAAGAAGCAGUAAUGAGUCUGGUAUCUUCUAUCCCUGGAGGACAGAUGCAUGUAUCUUUGAUUCUGGUAUUAAUUCAGGAAUAUGGCUCUGGGGGCAGAAAUGAAAAGAGGGAGCCUUGGAACUGGGGUAUUUAAAAUGGGGAAAAAUAAAUUGCCAUUCCUGAAUUCAGAACAAAUAAACAUGAAACGUGACCAACCGGCAUAGAGGGAGACAGCUAGAAAUUGAUAUGGUUGUGGUUUUUCAGAAUGCAGAGUGUAGAUUUACACUUAUUCAUCUCAGCAUCUUGAUCCUAAUGGAAUUGAUGGAAUCUUAAUUGCAUAUCUCAGCAUUAAGUGUUGUAGGGCACAAAUGCACUUAAUGUAACAAAGUACAAAAAGCUUUAGGCUUUAGCAGUUGUGGACCAGUAACUUCCCAUUAUGGAUAUGGAAAAUGUUAAAUCAUGUCAAACUUAAACUGAAACUGCAUGCUAGUUUUGUACAGUGGGAGGGUGGGAAACUAUGUAACACAAGGUAAAAACCCAUCUAGGUAUUUUAAAUGCAUUUCUUAUGAAAAGCUUGUAAGUUUUUUUAUUGUUCUGAAUUAGGUUAUAAACUUGUGCAAAAUUGAAUACUCUUCUUUUUUAGCAGUUAUUGAAAUGAUAAGUUGUCUUUUUUCCUUAGGACUUUUAACUCAAUGCAUUCAGGUACCAGAAAUCUCAUAAAUAAGUGAAUGCAACAGUGUUACUGAAAAACCUCAAAUCAAGCCUUAUAAAAUAUGUAUUUAAAAGAGGCUGUCCUAUCCUGAAUCUAUCUUAAUUUUAGCAGGGACAAAGUGUUAACUAAGUCAUGUUCUUUACUUUCUAUCAUGUGUGACUCUGAUCAUUUCCUGUUUUAAAAGUAAGGUAUGAUUAACAAUUUGUCCCAAAAAAAGUAGACUUGGGGCUUUUGCAUACUUAAGUAAUUUUCAAUCAACAAGACCAUAAUAAUGAUAAUAUUAUUAAUAAUGAUUUUUACAAACUAGAUUUUUUUAUUACUUGGGAUUUUUGUGCAUUGCUUUUUAUUAAGCUGUGGAAAAUAAGGUUUAUUUUUUAAUUGGUUAAUUUUUUAAGAAAGGACAAAGCAUUCAUGGUUUCUAUUGGCAUGCUCAGAAAGUAGGCAUUUUUGGAAUGUAAUUUAUUUAAGACAUUGGAGUGUUACAAAUGUAUUCAGUGUUGGAAAAUUUGAAAAAAAAUGAGACUUUUUUUUUGUAUGUUUCUUAUUCAUAGCUCUGUAGGAUUUUUAUUAUUUUUAUUUUAUCAUCAAAACCUAAAAAACUGGAACUUAAACAACUGAAAAUGAAGGCCAAUACAAAACAUACAAAUGAGGAAACACCUUUACUCUGCAAAGGGGCAUAUUCUUAGUACUGUCACACUAAAACAUUUCAGUCUGUAUCUCUCUAUCUUAAGUAUGUUAACAGGGUAUUGAUAAAAUGAAAAUGUACUUAAUAAAGGUUAAUAAUGCAUGAAAAUUGAUUCUCCAUCUGCAAAACAAAGCACCUGUAUAUAUGUUGUCGGAUUUAAAAUAGAUAUAACUAACCUAUGUAAAAGCAUUUAAUAGUUCCAGAUGUAUAAGUUCUCUACUUUUAACGUUCAAAUCUCAUUUGAAGAUCACAAAAAUAGGGAACAUUUUCUUGCAUAAUAAAGAUAUGCUUCAAGAUGUCUUCGUACAACUCGCUUAAAAAUGACUUCAAAAAGCACUGUACUUUAAAUAAUACCCAGUUUUUGGGAUAGUAUUUACAUCACCUUAGAUAUAAAUAAAUGCCUUCCAGACUUAUUGUUGUUGGAAUAAAUAAGGAUUAGAAAAUUGGCUUCUGAACAUCAAGGCCAACAUAUAAGAUGCUGAAAAGAGAAGAAAGGAAACAAAACGUUUUGGCUGUGGAGCCUUUUUCGGGUGUGACGUUUCCUUUCAUCUCUUUUCAGUAUGGAUUAACCUAUUACUUGUUCCUUUGCAGCCUAUGCAUGCUGAUGCAACUACCCACUUGAACAACAUAUAGUAAGAUUGCACAUUAGUAUUUUUCUUACCUUUAAAACAAAGUGCAAGAAUACAAAUUUAAUUUACAAUCUAUUGAGAAACCUACCUGAGCAUGCCAUACAACACCAUUGUGAUUCUGUCUUUCUAUUUUUUUUUUUACCCUGCCUUCUGUAAACUUCCUCUAAUUGUUGUAACUGUUUCUCUUUGUGGGUUCAUGUGCAGUGCUGAAGCAGUUAUCCUGUGUAAGAGGACUAUACAGCAACUUAUACUGGCUUUGCCAAAGAAUAUGUAACAAAGCUACAUACAGGUUUGCGCCAAAUAACAACAAAAAAAACAAUAAUAAAGCAUUGUCUUUAUGCCAGUAAGGAUGUAUCAGUUUGUUUUAAUCAAAUUUGAGAAAGAGUUCAGAUGAAAAAGGAAUUGAAAUGUUUUCUCUCUUCAAAUAGUGUCACUAGAACUACUUAUUUAAGGCCUUAUUCUAAACAGUUUUAAAUUCAGAGCUUGUGUGUGUGUAAUUUUAGGACCUGCUGUGGCCUUAUUAGUUUUUUGAGGGCUUUAGAAUGUUUCAAAAGCUAUUUCUUUGGAGUGGUGGUGUUUCACACUCAUUUACUACAAAUGUUGACUUCAAAAAAUGGCCUUUGAAUGGUUUUACCUGACAAGCCAAAGACAUUAGUCCCUAAAGAUACAGAUAGGUAAGAUUUUGUUGAUACCCCAAAUAAUUAGUGAUAUUAUGAAUGUUAUAUUUGUAAGCUGAUUUGGUUUCAAAAAUAUUUCAAGUGUCUUGUCAAGGAGCUCAACACUAACUUUUUAUUUGUGUAAAGUAUCCCAUUCCCAGUUCUGAUUGUUUCACCUGCAUCUUUUUGUGCAAGUGACCAGUUUAUAAAAUCCAGGUAUAAUUAAAAAUCCACCUUUUGAAUUUAUAAUUUACCUGGCAUAGUGCAGGUUAGGAAUCAGAGGUGGUUUGGAGGAGAAUUAAAAAAAAAAAUUUAAGUCCUUGGUAUAAGCUAUCUGGCCUGGUUGAAAAUAUAGGUAAUCAAGUUGCAUUAAUACUACAGUCUUUAAGGCACAAUUAAAUUUGAUCUAUAUCUGAUUCGUUUAUUACACAAACUAGACUAGAGCACAUUCUGAAUCAUAGUAGGGAGUUUGAUACUCUCUACAAUAUACAUAGCCGAUGAGAAAUAAGGAAUGUAUUUUUGCUGCUAGACAAAAGAAACUGGCAUAAUUAUUGGCAAAAAUCAAAAUUACUGUUUGGUUUUUAGAGGUCAUUUGACUUAAAAAAAAAUAAUUCAACCUUUCCAAGAUUCUUAAAGAAUACAACUCAGUUUCCACCGUGGGAUUGUCCAGUGCUAUACAUUACAAGUUUUUCAUUUUGAGGCCAAUACAGGUUGCUGAAUAGUCACACUUAAGUCUUAAUCUUGCAAAGUUAGUUAAUUACUUUUUUUUAAAAAAAGGUGUUAUGAUGGUAUCUUAUGUAACUGACGUGCAACUUCGAUGGAUUCCUAAGUGUUGUAAAUGCAUGUCACCUUGGUGUGUUUGCAAAGCCUUUGAAAGGACCUGAGUUUGUUGAAUUUUUUAUAUAUUUGAUUUAACUUUUUUUUUAAGAAACAGACAUUUGUUUUUCCUAAGCAAUCCUUUGUAAAACUUUCUCUCUAUUUUGUACAGGAUGUUAUAAUUGUAAACAGUGUAAAUAAGUAGCGCAUCCGCGACAACAAUCAUUUAUCGAAAAAUAAAAUAAGAAUAAUUUGGCCAUUGGAAUCUAAGAGAAAAACUACCUUUUUUAUUACUUAAGUGUCAAGGAACCUUGCAGAAAUGGGUACAUAAAAGGCAUGUUUUUAAAAAUACAAAACUAUCCAUCUGUCUAACGUUGUCCGUUUGUUUCAAUAAAGUCAUGCCAUAUAGAA